AUGGGAAAACCAAAAAAUCAACCUCGUAUCAAAGUAAAUGUGCAACCAGCUAGCAGCAGUCGAGCCGCUGAAAUUAUUGCAACAGGUGGAUCUCAGGUUCCCAUCGUGAAUUUGGGAGGUUUCGCUCAAUUUUUGGGUGGAUAUACUUUUUCAACUGAUACUUCAGCCGAUAAAAUGGCCGAUGUCAACUUGGAUCCAACUUUAAGUGAAGGUCAUUUAGAUGUUUUUAGCUCAACAUAUUUAAUGAAAAUAUUUAAUAAAGAAAUCUCCGUUUGUGGCGAUUUAUGGGACUCUUUAUUAGUAUUCACUAAGAGUUUUCCUGAGUCCUGGCUACUGGCCAGUAAAAAGAAGCCAAUGCUUCCGAAUUGUAUAAUUUCUUUCGAUUGGCGUAUAAUGGAUCAGUAUCUAUCUCAUACCCCGAGUAUUUUGAUUUUAGUUAGCCUUCUUCCACAAGAGCUUAUAAAUACCGAUCCAAAGUUUUAUGAUGAAUUCCUUUCAAAUUUUUGGAAAGGCUUAUCAACUACGACAAUCGACCGUUCCAAUUUUGAUAUAGAUUUCUUAAAACUCAAACCAGACUAG